AUGGAGGAUUUAGUUCCAUUCAUUUCGAAUAUAAAGGAAGUAUUUGCUCGUUGUGACAAGGAAUUUGCGUUUGAUCUGCCACAAAUUGCUCUCGUGGGUGGGAAAGGGACCGGAAAGUCCAGCCUACUUGAAACUCUGGUCGGGAAAAACUUCCUCCCCCGUGGCGCGACAAGGGCUCCACUCGUUUUGAAUUUGCAGAAUUCCAAUUGUCUCGAGCAUGGAAUUUUUCUGCAUCGACCUGGGGAAAAGAUACACGAUUUUGCUCGGAUUAGAGAAGAAAUUGCCAACCAGACAGUUUUUCUCGCAGGAAUUGUCGGCGCCAGGUUAGCCGGCCAACCUCAUGAUUUUGUGGAACAGGUAAAAUCCACAAUACUGAAGUAUAUCUCGAAGGCAGGAACUAUUAUUCUCGCCGUUAGCGAUGGGACUGAGGGCUUGGCCAUGUCUCAGUCACUUGAGCUGGCAAAAAUGGUGGACCCGAAAGGAGAAAGAAGAAUUGGUGUCAUUAUCAAGCUUGACCUCUCCCAACAUAUCGCGAUGGCUGAGUUGGACAAUAGGGUUGUCCCUUUGAAGUUGGGCCAUGUCGGGGUGGUUCUUCGCUCAGAAGCCGAUAUUAACAAUGGGGUGACGAUAGAAGAGGCCCGCGAGAAGGAAGAACUUUUCUUUGAGGAACGCAGUGAAUUUGACCACCUGGCCGGGAAACGUGGAACGCGCUAUUUAUCCUCGGUCAUGGACGAAUUGGUAAAGUCGCAAAUCUUUUCUCGCUUAGCAGGAGUAAAGGCCGAGAUGGUGCGAGGGCUUAAGGAGGCAACGUGCAGAAUUGAGGAACUUACUCCACUCUAUAGUGCUUCACACCAGCGAAAAAAGAUUUACAAGUUAAUGGACAAUAUCAGAAACUCCAUCAUCGUCGACCUGACUGGAAAUUCUUCUACACUUUUCCCAACUACUACUGGUUGCAGUUCAGGGUCUAAAAUUGCCCAAACCGUGGCACACCAUAAAGAAAAAUUGAGCUCUGAAAUCUGUCAUAUUAGUGAGGAAACUAUUGGAUACGCCAUUGUGAACUCGGCUGGGGUGCAUUCCCUCCAUUACAAUCUAAACUCUGCGCUUGAAAAAGUCGUACAUGACGAGCUUGAGAAGCUCGUGGAACCCACGACCGCGGUCAUUGAUGAAGCUAAACUGCUGAUGGUUAACUGCUGUAAUUUGGCGAGCGCGAAAAUUGCUGAUUACCCCGUACUAAUGGCAAUGAUUCAAUCAAAACUGGAACAAAGUGUGGAGACACAAGCCAAGAAAUGCAAGAACCUGAUGGCUGCUAUGAUUAAAUGUCAUCAGGUAUUCCUUGAUCCAGAUGUCGUGUCCGAUGCCUCCCCAGCUCAUAAGGCGAUCCAUAAUAAGGGCUCGAAGGUAUUCUCUCCGGUCAGUAAACUUUUGGGGGGCCCCUCGGUUUCUUUGGACCAGCAAAAAUCAAACACGAAUGACUCCAAUCCGAUAGAGAAGAAUUUGCAGGAGAAAAUCCAGAGUGUAAAGAAUUUCGCCGUUCGGCAUGUAACUGCUUCCCGGUCAGUAAUUCUUGCCAUGUUGCCGGCAACUAUUAAUCUUCAAAUGGUGGUGAAAAUCUUACAAGAAAUACUGCCCAACUUAAUUGCUGAGAGUCAUGAUGAAAUUGAGGAAUUCAUUUUGGAGAAUAUGCCGGAUGCUGACGACCUUUCAAGAUAUCAAAUGCUUCAGCAGACCUGCAUGCAAUCCAUUGAACACAUUUCUAACCUGCAAGCUGCCCACCGUAGCAAGUAAUUGGGGUCACUUCGGUGUUAAUGUCAGCGUCAUUUUUCUUUUGUAAAUCUGACCCCAUUAUUAUUUUAGCUUUUUAA